AUGUAUUUUUUAGACUUCAGUGUGCUAAAAAUUGAGUACAUAGUGUGUCUUUUAAAGGCAUCUAGUGGAAAUUAUUAUUUCAUCCCUUACACUGUGACACCAUGUGCUGAUUAUUUUUGCUGCGAGAGUGAUGCCCAAAGGAGAGCCUCAGAGUACAUGCAGCCCAACUGGGACACCAUCCUGGGCCCACUAUGUAUGCCCCUGGUGGACAAGUUCACUAGCCUCCUUAAGGACAUUCGUGUGACCUCAUGUGCUUAUUACAAAGAAACCUUGUUAAAUGACAUCCGGAAAGCCAGAGAAAAAUACCAGGGUGAUGAACUGGCAAAAGAGUUGACUCGGAUCAAAUUCCGCAUGGAUAAUAUUGAGGUUCUGACAUCGGACAUUAUCAUUAACUUACUCCUCUCCUACCGUGAUAUCCAGGACUAUGAUGCGAUGGUCAAGCUAGUAGAAACACUGAAGAUGCUACCUACAUGUGAUUUGGCUGAUCAACACAACAUUAAAUUCCACUAUGCAUUUGCACUGAAUAGGCCAGCAGUUCUCAACCUGGGGGUUCACAACCCUUUGAGGAAUUGA